AUGUUAAAUAUAUUUGAUCCUCUAUUUUCAAAUGAUUUUUUAUUGUCUAAUGAUCAAAAUAUUAUAAUUACUCAAUCAGAUGUAAAUCGAUUAUUUUCUCUUAUUUCUAAUAUUAAAAAUAAUGAACAACAAUUAAUUGAACAAGAUAAUGAUUAUGUAAUAAAUCUUUUAAUUACUAUUUUACGUCUUCUUCAUCAAACAUCAUUGGAUGAACGACAUGUUGAUUUAACGGCUUAUAUACAAGAAUUAUUUCAAUCUGUUGAAGAUUUAUUUUCAAAUAAAUAUAAUAAACAAUUUGGUUUAACUAUUUUAAAAUCAUUAACACAAUUAUUAAAAGAUUAUAAUGAUCGACAAGCAUUAAAAAUUGAAUUUUUAAAAGGAAAUUGUUUAAAAACAAUAGAAUUUAUUUUAUCAAAACAAAAUAAUUCACAUGUUAUUUGUAUAAUUCUAUUAUUUAUUAUUAAAUUUAUUUAUAAUUCAGAAAAUGUUAGACAAUCAUUUUUCGACUAUGGUGGCUAUGAGAAAAUAUUUAAUUCAUUAUAUUAUAUUGAAACACCUACAAUGGAAUUUAUUAAUGAAUUAAUUGAAUUGAUAACAGAAACAACAACUGUUCAAAUAUUAUACGAUAAUACUAUGCCUAUUUUCAAUUCAUCAUCUUCAUCGUCAAUCAUUGAUUUAUUUAUAGAGUUAAUUAAUCCUCAUAUUGUUAUAUCAUUGAUUCAUUGGCUACCACAUAUAAAAAUUAUUGAAUUUCAACAGAAGAUUGUUUAUUCAUUAAAUUUAAUAUUUUUUCGUUCAUUACAAAAUAAAAUGAUUGCAUGUUCAAAUGGAAUUGUUAUGGCAUUAAUUCAAAUAUUAGAUAACAAUCAACAAUAUGAUAAAAUUGUUCUUGGUAAUGAGUAA